CAUCAUUAAGGGUCGCUGUUGGAAUUAAGCCCGAACCCCCCGGGGGACCGUUUGCAAGUGGGCUCCCCCCAUCCUCCAUCCCCUCCAUCCUCCCGGACUUCGCGCGCCUGGACUUUUUUGCGCCUCGCCCGGCUCUUUUGGCUUUGCGCUCUUCCCCUCCCCGCCCGUCCUUGGCGGGGACCCCCCACCCCCGGGGGGCGGCGUGGGAGGAUGGGGUCCCCCGGCGCCGAGGGCGGCGGGAAGAGCCUGCAGGCCCGAGUGGACCACCUGCUCAGCGCCGUGGAGAGCGAGCUGCAGGCGGGCAGCGAGAAGGGGGACCCCACCGAGAGGGAACUGAGGGUCACCCUGCUGGACGACGAACUCUGGCUGCGCUUCAAGGAGCUCACCAACGAGAUGAUCGUCACCAAGAACGGCAGGAGGAUGUUCCCGGUGCUGAAGGUCAGCGUAUCCGGCUUGGACCCCAACGCCAUGUACUCCUUCCUGCUCGACUUCGUGGCGGCCGACACUCACCGCUGGAAAUACGUGAACGGAGAGUGGGUGCCCGGGGGCAAGCCGGAGCCCCAGGCCCCCAGCUGUGUCUACAUCCACCCGGACUCGCCCAAUUUUGGGGCCCACUGGAUGAAGGCGCCCGUCUCCUUCAGCAAAGUCAAACUCACCAAUAAGCUCAACGGAGGGGGCCAGAUCAUGCUCAACUCCUUGCACAAGUACGAGCCCCGGAUCCACAUCGUGAGAGUCGGCAGCCCCCAGCGCAUGAUCACCAGCCACGCCUUCCCGGAAACUCAGUUCAUCGCCGUCACGGCCUAUCAAAACGAGGAGAUAACAGCCCUGAAGAUCAAAUACAACCCCUUUGCAAAGGCCUUCCUUGAUGCUAAGGAAAGAAGCGAUCACAAAGACCUGCUGGAUGAGGCCACAGACAAUCAGCAGUCUGGGUAUUCGCAAUUAGGUAGUUGGCUUAUUCCCGGAACUGGAGCCCUGUGUCCAGCCACAAGCUCCCACCCUCAGUUUGGAGCCGGAGCCCCUCUGUCGCUUUCCUCCAGCCACGGAUGUGAACGGUAUCCGGCCCUGAGGAAUCACCGCUCGUCGCCUUAUCCCAGCCCGUACGCACACCGGAACAGCUCACCCACCUACGGUGACAACUCAUCUGCCUGCCUGUCUAUGCUGCAGCCUCACGAUAACUGGUCCAGUCUGGGCAUGUCCACCCACUCCAGCAUGCUGCCCAUGGCUCACAGCCCAGCCCCUCCUGCCGCUUCCGGGCAGUAUCCCAACCUGUGGUCAGUAAGUAACAGCACCAUCAUGCCGGUGGCCCAGCCGGCGGGGAUGGCCAACGGGCUGGGGGCCCAGUUCCUCCGUGGCUCCACGACGCACUACCCGCCCCUGCCGCCCACCGUCUCCGCCUCCACCCAGGGCUCCCCGCUGUACGAGGGCGCCGCCCCCACGGACAUUCCCGACAGCCAGUACGACGCUUCGGCCCACGCCCGCCUGGCCUCGGCCUGGACCCCUGUGACGCCGCCGUCCAUGUGAUCGGAGCCCCUCUCCCGGACACGAGUGGACCGUUGGGCCUGAGCUUGGGGACUGCACGGGGCAUGAAGAGGAACGGGAAGACAACCCUCCGGCGAAGGGUCUCGGAGAAGAUGCCUGACCUGCACUGCCCACACCCACGACUCCGCAGAUGGUCUGAAGCGUCCAUUUUUGGGUCCCUGUCGCGGAACCGCUUCAAAGCUCCCCGUGGGUGGCAGCGGGCAUGGUGAUAGCGGGCCAGAAUCUGUCACAUAUAGCGGGGCGAUAGGCAGUCUUGGGAUGAUUCAGCUUCCCCUGGACUCUGAAAUCCUUAGUGCCGGUUCUUCCUCCUAACUGAGGAGCGGCACGUGCGGUUCUUUGUAUAGCUAGGUUUCUCCACAACUCUGUUUCUAUUACUCUUUCUACGGAAGAAACAAACCAAAAGACAAUCAGCAGGAAGCGUUUUCUGCAAAAUAAACACAAUAUGCAAAGUUUUAUUCA